AUGGCAGAUAUUAAUAAGAGAAAACAGCCAAUGUCGAUGGAGCAGAAAAAUCUCUUGAUAGAGUACAUGCGGGCCCAUCCACAACUAAAACAAAAGUUUUCUUCAACAUACACAAGAAAGGAUUCCAUCACAAUGUGGACAGAGAUAACAAAUAUUUUAAACGCUACUCCAGGAACGCAGAAAGAUUGGAAAGACUGGAGAAAGAGUUGGCAUGACAUUCAGUCUAGAGUGAAAUCGAAGAAGGGGAGAUUGAACAGCUACUACUCAGGAACAGGAGGAGGGCCUGCAUUGCCUGAUCUGAGUCAAAGUGAGGAAAUAGUAGUGGAAAUAAUAGGCAACACAGCUAUUGAAGGAAUGGGGAAUGUAAGAGAAUCGGAGGUUGCAGAAAUUAACAUGAAUUAUGAAACAGCUGAGGACCACGAUCUAGAGCUGGAUGAAACAAAUAUUCAAGGUGAUGAAUUAACCCAACCUGUCUCUCUUAGUGAUACACCUACUACAUCAGGUGCAUCUCUAAGACAGAAAGGUCAUGUAGAGGCGACUACAAAUUCUGCUUCUGCAGCAUCAAAACCAAGGAAUGUGGCCACUCAACGGUUGGACACAGCAAUCAACCAAAGUAGUGAAGCACUUCAACUCUUGUCAGACAAAUUAGAAGUAAAAAGAGAGUACUACAAAAGCAAAUUGGAACUGAUGAGAAGAGAGGUGACAGCAAAGGAGAACAUAGUGUCAGAAUUAAAAAAAGUGAAUGUCUAUCUAUCUCAACAGUUUCCAGAUGUAGAUGUUUCCAAACUUUAG